AUGGGCGAUGAACACAGCCUCAUUCCAACUGUUCUGAUGAGUCAGGGGCCUAGCAACCUGGCAGCUGGCGAUGGUCUGGCGUCAGACUCCAUGCUGCCUCUGUGCUGCGUGAGCAGCAUGUUUGCAGAAUUUAAUUAAAGUAUCGAUGCAGUACUUUGAGAGCUGGAAUCCACAGAAAUUAAUGUAUCUCUCUCUCUGUGGGAACCCAGGUCGUAGAGCCCCUGUUUGUGAAGGGAGACCACAUCAAAGAUGCCAUUGAAAUGUACACGGUGGCUUGGAGGUGGGAGCAGGCUCAUAAGGUAUGUAUCCUCCUCAAUGUCCCAUCUCGUCAUCUGGCUCGCCCAGUUUAAAUUGGCAGGGGGUUGAUUGAAAUGGAAAACACUGCUGUGCUUUCUAUGUUUAGUUGUAGCGGGCCUGUGUGUUCUUUUAAAGUGGGAUUUGGAGUGAAUUGGAGUGAGAAUCAAAGUGAGUUAAAGUGAGCUGGCUACAUACACACAAAUCAAAAUCAAAUCAAAUUGUAUUUGUCACAUGCUUCGUAAACAACAGGUGUAGACUAACAGUGAAAUGCUUACUUUCCAAUAACGCAGAGAGAAAAAUAUAACAACUUAUAGAAAUAUAAUAACACGAGCAAUAAAUACACAAUGAGUAACGAUAACUUGGCUAUGUACACGGGUAUCAGUACACACACACUCACACACAAUCAUUGUGUGUCCUAGCUGUCCUAGCUGGCAGCGAAAUGUAUGACCCCGGAGGACGUGUCGGCUCUGUACAUCAGGACCUGGAGGGAGAGGGGAAUACAAGGAGGCAGAAAGGUAACCUCUACCUCUCUCUCAUGACCCUGUAAAACAACACAUUUCACUGCACCUAUCCUGUGUAUGUGACAAUGAAACAUAUCUUAUUUUCUUUCCACUCCCUCUCUCUUCCUCUCCUCUCCCUCUCUCUUCCUCCCCACUCCCUCUCUCUUCCGCUCCACUCCCUCUCUCUUCCUCCCCACUCCCUCUCUCUUCCUCCCCACUCCCUCUCUCUUCCUCCCCACUCCCUCUCUCUUCUCUCCCCUCCCUUCUCUUUCCUCCCCACUCCCUCUCUCUCUCCUCCCCACUCCCUCUCUCUCUCCUCCCCACUCCCUCUCUCUUCCCUCCACUCCCUCUCUCUUCGCUUCAUCUCCCCUCUCCCCACUCCCUCUCUCUUCCUCCCCACUCCCUCUCUCUUCCUCCCCACUCCCUCCUCUCUCUUCCGCCCCACUCCCUCUCUCUUCCGCCCCCCCCUUCUCUUUCCGCUCCACUACUCCUCUCUCUUCCUCCCCACUCCUCUCUCUUCCUCCCUCCCUCCCUCUCUCUCUUCCUCCCCACUCCCUCUCUCUUCCUCCACUCCCCCUCUCUCUUCUCCUCCACUCCCCCUCUCUCUUCUCCUCCACUCCCUCUCUCUUUUCCCCUCCAUUCCCUCUCUCUUCCGCUCCAACUCCCUCUCUCUUUCCGCUCAACUCCCUUCUCUUCUUCCUCCCCACUCCCUCUCUCUUCCUCUCCUCCCUCCCUCUCUCUUCCUCUCCACUCCUCCCUCUCUCUUCCUCUCCCUUCCCCCAUCCCCUCUCUCUUCCUCCCACUCUCUCUCUCUUCCUCUCCACUCCUCUCUCUUCCUCUCCACUCCCUCUCUCUUCCCGCUCAACUCCCUCUCUCUUCCCUCACUCCCUCUCUCUUCCUCCCCCCUCUCUCCCUCCUCUUCUCUUCCUCCCACUCCCUCUCUCUUCCUCCCACUCCCUCUCUCUUCCUCCUCCACUCCUCUCUCUUUCCCCCCUCCCUCUCUCUUCCGCUCCACUCCCUCUCUCUUCCUCCCACUCCCUUCUCUUCCUCCCCACCUCCCUCCCUCUCUCUUUCCUCCCCACUCCCUCUCUCUUCCUCUCCACUCCCUCUCUCUUUCCGCUCCACUCCCUCUCUCUUCCUCCCACUCCCCCCCUCUCUUCCUCCCCACUCCCUCCCUCUCCCCUUCCUCCCCACUUCUCCUCUCUCUUCCUUCCCCCCACUCCCUCUCUCUUCCGCUCCACUCCCUCUCUCUUCCUCCCUCACUCUCUCUUCCUCCCCCUCCUCCCUCUCUCUCUUCCUCCCCACUCCCUCUCUCUUCCUCACUCCCUCCCUCCUUCUCUUCUUCCCCUCCCCACUCCCCCCUCUCUUCCUCCCCUCCAUCCCUCUCCUUCCUCUCCACUCCCUCCUCUUCUUUCCGCUCCUCCCUCUCUCUUUUCCUUCCUCCCCCCCUUCCUCCCCCUCCCUCUCUCUUCCUCUCCCACUCCCUCUCUCUUCCUCUCCUCCCUCCCUCUCUCUUCCUCUCCACUCCAUCCCUCUCUCUUCCUCCCCACUCACUCUCUCUUCCUCUCCACUCACUCUCUCUUCCUCUCCAUUCCCUCUCUCUUCCGCUCAACUCCCUCUCUCUUCCGCUCAACUCCCUCUCUCUUCCUCCCCACUCCCUCUCUCUUCCUCUCCACUCCCUCUCUCUUCCUCUCCACUCCCUCUCUCUUCCUCUCCACUCCCUCCCUCUCUCUUCCUCUCCACUCCAUCCCUCUCUCUUCCUCCCCACUCACUCUCUCUUCCUCUCCACUCACUCUCUCUUCCUCUCCACUCACUCUCUCUUCCUCUCCACUCCCUCUCUCUUCCUCUCCACUCCCUCCCUCUCUCUUCCUCUCCACUCCAUCCCUCUCUCUUCCUCUCCACUCACUCUCUCUUCCUCUCCACUCCCUCUCUCUUCCUCUCCACUCUUCUUCUUUUCAUCUCUCCCUCCCUCCCUAUUAUUCAUUACCCCCCUCUGUUUUACAUCCGUAUCGACCACAACCCUGCUGCCAAAUGAAUGAUGGAUUUUAUCACGUCAAAGGCUAAGUUUUCCGACAUUGGGUUAUAGGGCCCUGCUUAUAUUUCACUCACAUCCAGAAAAUUGUCGGUUGCAGUUCAGGUCAAGGUCCUACUACAACAAAUUGACAAACAAAAGUGUUCAAUUGUCGUGCACUGAGAGCAAAUUGGACUUUAAUCAGGUGCUCUGGCUGUGCUGUGUUGUGACGAUCCCCAGCCUAUCUCUCUGCCUCUAAAGAAGCCUGUGUCUUUACAUAUUAGACAGAGUAAUCUCCCUCACACGCUGCCAGUCUGCCACAAAGUCAAUAUGUCACCACGUGCCCCCAACUCUGUCAUCUCAAUACUUGCCUCUCUUAUUGAUCUCUCCUGUGAAAAAUGUGGAGCAACAUUCAUCAGUAAAGGGCAACUUCAUUUUGUGAGAAGAAAUUGUAUUUUCUUCUCAUGCCUAAUUUGCAGUUUAUGUAAUCAGAGAUUGAAUCAUUCUUCAUCUCAGUGCAUAGCAAUGCAGUCAGACCUGUGUGUGUGUGUGUGUGUGUGUGUGUGUGUGUGUGUGUUUGAACGUGUGUGUGUGCGUGCAUGCCUGGAAUAUCGGCAGGCUGUUUGCGACAGGCCAGUGGAGGAGCCGGACUUGGCCAUCACCAUGUAUAAGAAGAACAAGAUGUUUGACGACAUGAUUCGCCAGACAUCACCCAGACCUGUUGGCUGAGACUCACCUGCACCUGGCUAUGGUCAGCGAUAGGGGGCGCUGUCUAAAGAGAAAAUAUAAACAUCUUAUAGGGAUCAUUUUGAAAAAAUCUUAUCAGAGGGUCUCAAGGUGAUUUAGAUUAGCCAGGAAAACCAGGUUCCCUAAUCUCUAUUUCAGGAGUUGGAGAUAGAGUCCAGGUUUUCGGAAGCGGAUUACCAGUAUAUGGAGGGCCAGGAGUGGAAGGCUGCAGUCAACAUGUACCGUGUCAACGACAUGUGGGAGGAGGCCUACAGGGUAUGUGUCCACAUCACUAACAAAGUUAACCUGAGAGAGUGAGUGUCUGUCAACAGCAGGACUGUGUGAUUGUGACACCCCUGGCUUGGCCUGUUAUGCUGUAUCAAGGACAGUGGUCUGUGCUAACAGACAGAGCAGAAGGAGCACAGGGUGGAUGUGUUACACUGCAAGACCUCUCACAGGCCUCCUAACAUUCUCUCUAAAAACAUAAUCACCUGGCUGCAACUAUGCUACUUCUGCUCCCUCCUUUCAGGCCCGCCAUUGGACCAAUAUAGAGGCACAUCCUCUUUAUUUAACACUCAGUUGUACAAUUAUUUAUUAAGGGCUCCAGUAGAAAAAAUUCAAUUUAUCUAGCUCUCUCUACAGCUCUCUCUCUGUAUGUAGCUGUUUCGCUCUCUCUUGCUCUUCUCCGUGCUGUGAGAGGCACGUGAGGUGAUUGUUGGUGGGAGCUUCUGGCAUGUUAAUCAGUUGUUCCUGCUCCUCUUCCCCUGUGUGUGUGUGUGUGUGUGUGUGUGUGUGUGUGUGUGUGUGUGUGUGCGCGUGGCAGGUGGCGAAGAGCCAUGGGGGAGCCAGUGCCCAUAAGCAGGUGGCCUACCUGUGGGCCAAGAGUCUGGGAGGGGAGGCUGCCGUCAAACUGCUCAACAAGUUUGGUCUGCUGGAGACCGCCAUCGACUUUGCAGCAGACAACUGGUGAGUAGAUCAAUGCACUGGACUGCACUUUACUGUACUGUACUGCCUGGAACCUCUUCAAUAUCGCUGUGAUGAAGAAUCUUUCUGCAGUUAAAUUCUGAUCACUGGGAGGUACUUGAUGAAGUAUCUGAUGUAUCUGUUCUGUGAUUUACACAAUACCAAGCCUAUCUUAUAUUGCACAACAUGUUCGAAUUUGAAAACAUUUUGUUAAUAGUCCGAAGCAUUCAACAAGACAUAAGCUAUUAAGCCCUUCCCCAUUCAUUCCUAUGACAAGAGUCAAUAUUGAUGCAGUAGCUCUGUAACCUUGUAGAGGAGACUGUGGUCAUGACUCUUCUCUUGUCCUCUCUCAGCUCCUUUGCCUUUGCCUUUGAACUGGCUCGUCUCUCCACCAAGAACAAGAUCCCUGAGAUCCACCUGAAAAACGCCAUAAUGCUGGAGGAUGAGGUAUAAUACCACAUCUUAUACAAUUCCAACGUACACACACACAGACACGCGCUCACACACACACACACAAACACACACACACACACACCACGUCCAACUCCUACUCAUCCUCACAAUCACACACUCAUUGUCACUCAAGGUUACACUGCAGGUUGCAUCAUAUCAAAGAUUAAUUAAAAUGUUCUCCGUUGCCGGCCCAAAUUUGUGUCUGAGCGCCGUGGUUCUGCAGCCAUUAAAUGUCACGUAUGCAUUAUUAAUCCCUCCAACGCCGAGCACUGAGCUGUGAUAUUGUUUCAUUUUUCAAGGGCAAGUUCGCCGAAGCCAAGACAGAGUUCAUCAAAGUGGGGAAACCAAAAGAGUGCAGAUGUAGGUAUAUCAGGAGGAGUUUUUCUUCGCCACCUAGCAAGUGGUGCCGGCAUGUGUCCCCUACAGAAGUCAGAGCUUCAAGCCUUCCUGAGUAGACUUCAAAAGGAGCGCCGGUGCCAGCACAGCUCAUGCCUCUUCCACUUCAGAACUUCCCCUCACUUCUCUGUACAUUGGUUAUAGACCACCUAAUAAGUGUGUUAGAUGAUGUGGUGCAGGCAGGCAGGUUUGGAGGGGAGCUCAGCUCUCACACACACGUAGCAGAGUAGCUGAGGAACACUCAACCCUGUUCUCUUACGGUGAGGGAAAAAAGUAUUUGAUCCCCAAGAUCAAAGAGCUCUCCAAGGAUGUCAGGGACAAGAUUGUAGACCUACACAAGGCUGGAAUGGGCUACAAGACCAUCGCCAAGCAGCUUGGUGAGAAGGUGACAACAGUUGGUGCGAUUAUUCGCAAAUGGAAGAAACACAUAAGAACUGUCACUCUCCCUCGGCCUGGGGCUCCAUGCAAGAUCUCACCUCGUGGAGUUGCAAUGAUCAUGAGAACGGUGAGAAAUCAGCCCAGAACUACACGGGAGGAUCUUGUCAAUGAUCUCAAGGCAGCUGGGACCAUAGUCACCAAGAAAACAAUUGGUAACACACUACGCCGUGAAGGACUGAAAUCCUGCAGCGCCCGCAAGGUCCCCCUGCUCAAGAAAGCACAUAUACAGGGCCGUCUGAAUGAUUCAGAGGAGAACUGGGUGAAAGUGUUGUGGUCAGAUGAGACCAAAAUCGAGCUCUUUGGCAUCAACUCAACUCGCUGUGUUUGGAGGAGGAGGAAUUCUGCCUAUGACCCAAGAACACCAUCCCCACCGUCAAACAUGGAGGUGGAAACAUUAUGCUUUGGGGGUGUUUUUCUGCUAAGGGGACAGGACAACUUCACCGCAUCAAAGGGAUGAUGGACGGGGCCAUGUACCGUCAAAUCUUGGGUGAGAACCUCCUUCCCUCAGCCAGGGCAUUGAAAAUGGGUCGUGGAUGGGUAUUCCAGCAUGACAAUGACCCAAAACACACGGCCAAGGCAACAAAGGAGUUGCUCAAGAAGAAGCACAUUAAGGUCCUGGAGUGGCCUAGCCAGUCUCCAGACCUUAAUCCCAUAGAAAAUCUGUGGAGGGAGCUGAAGGUUCGAGUUGCCAAAACGUCAGCCUCGAAACCUUAAUGACUUGGAGAAGAUCUGCAAAGAGGAGUGGGACAAAAUCCCUCCUGAGAUGUGUGCAAACCUGGUGGCCAACUACAAGAAACGUCUGACCUCUGUGAUUGCCAACAAGGGUUUUGCCACCAAGUACUAAGUCAUGUUUUGCAGAGGGGUCAAAUACUUAUUUCCCUCAUUAAAAUGCAAAUUAAUUUAACAUUUUUUUGUUUUUCUGGAUUUUGUUGUUGUUAUUCUGUCUCACUGUUCAAAUAAACCUACCAUUGAAAUUAUAGACUGAUCAUGUCUUUGUCAGUGGGCAAACGUACAAAAUCAGCAGGGGAUCAAAUACUUUUUUCCCUCACUGUAUAUCGAGGUGGAGUUGAGUUUUGAUAACUGGUCGCGUGAUUUGCUUUGUUUGUCCUGUACAACUGCGGUCCUUCUGUGGGGUGCUGAAAUUCAUACUUUUAAUAAAAACUUUUAGAAAAUACAACCUCAGAAUUUUUCCUCGUUGCUCGUAAGCUGAGAUUCAAUUAAGUCUGUGCUAUCCGGUAUCCUUGGGAUGUCCCUACCCCAUUAAAGUUUACAUUUUAAAUGGUAAGGGUUAAGGUUACGGUUGGGGUUAAGUUAUUGUUAGGGUUUAGGGUAGGGACGUCCCAAGGCUCCCGGAUAGCACAGACCCAAUUGAAUCUCAGUUUAUGUAGUACGAGCAAUGAGGGAAAAGUCGGUGAUUGUAUUCGCUAAAAGUUUUUAUUCAAGUAUGAAUUUCAGCACCCCGCGGAAGGACCACAGUUGUACAGGACAAACAUAGGUACAGGUAAGCUUUUUCAGAAUUGACAUUUUUACAAGAAUCGACUGAUGGUGGCACAACUACCUCUCGAUAUAAGAUAACGGCGUUGAGCAUUCCUCAGCUAGUAGCAGAGGAACUGGAGCCCUGUCACUGAGCCUGUUUGAUCUCUGUAUCCUGUAGAGGGUAUAGGAUGGGAGAUAACUGUACUGUAGACAGACCUACAGUAUUAGAGCUACUGGAAGAUAACACAAUUAGUGUAAAAACUAGUGACACAUUGUCUAGUUAAUAUCAACUGGAGCUGGAGCACUUUAAUCUGUGAAUAUCAAGUAUUUUAGAGAGUGUUUGCUGUCUUCAAUCUGAUAAAUAAAAAACUUGAACUAUAACAAAAUGAAGAGGGAGGUUAACUCACAGCCUGGUGUGUCCCUUACAGGUACGUUCAUAACCAGGACUGGGUUGGAGCCCAGAGGGUGGCGGAGGCCAACGACCCAGACUGUGUGUCAGAUGUGCUGGUGGGCCAAUUUCUGUUUUGAACAGAAGGACUUUCAGAAGGCUGACGCCUUCCUUCUCAGGGCUCAGAAGCCAGAGCUGGUCAUCAAGUACCACAAAGUAAGACACUGUCUUUAUGUUUGAACUGGGCAGAACUGACACUCCAGACUCCUAAUUGACAGUCAGGAGCUGACAGGGUUGGUUUGAAAGAGGACUUUGGAGAUGUGAAUGAAUCAAACCAUUUGACUCAGAUUGUCCUCAGUGAGGUUUAAUACUUAAAAUCAGGAAUUAUCUCUGUCACCAAAAAAAGAAACUGUUAGAUUUAUGCAAGAAGCCACAGUGAUUAUAUAGUGAGCCUUCAUCAUUCUUAAUCAGAGGGUUCAUAUUCUAGUCAAUUCAUUAUUCUCUGUGUUCUGAAGCUUUACAGAGAAUACUACAAGUUAAACAGAAUGCAAUGCUCCGUAAUGUUUUCAUUCCAUAAUUCACACUGUUCGUUUGGCUGGAUGUGCUUCACAGAGUUUGGUGCCCCCGGGUACUGAGUGCUGUUGUUGUUGUUGGUGUUUUGUUGUUGUUUUAGGACGUGGAGAAGUGGAGUGAUGCCAUGCAGAACUGUAAAGAGUACCUGCCCAACAAGCUGAGCAUCCUCCAAGAGGAGUAUGAGAAGGAGGGUGCCAAGAAGUGCUCCCGGUGAGCAAGACACUUACACACACUCCAACAACAUCUGUGUUUUUACAUCACUUUUUCCUGGUUAUUAUCACUUUUUUAACUUGUUUGUUUGUGGCUUUGGCGAGGCAGAGAAAACGGGUUUCACCGUUACAUGUUAACAGAGAAGGAGAAGAAAGAAACGGUCAUGUACACACUGUGGUGUCGUGGUCUGUUAUUCAUCUGUAUGUGCAUUGGGUCGAUGCGUUAUUAAACAUUGGCAGCGUUUUAUCCUGAAUGAAAUCAGCUCAUUAUAGUGCAGACACGCAGCGCCUCCAUCCGUCUCCAACCAUCAGCUCCCUGCUUUUUAAUGACUUGUGGGAAAAGAUCAAAGCCUCCGUCAAAAAGAAAGGGGGGAAAAAGAAAGUGAGACAUUUAUUCUGCAGUUUUUAGUUCAGUUCCUAAUUGAGAGUAAUUCAGCCCUCUGAUACUGUCAAUCAUGCUCAGUUGAGAGCCAGAACUCUCUAACACAUGUUGCCUUUCACUUUGACUCGUUUCUGUCUUUAACAUCACAAGGGUUGAGUUUGUAACGCAGUGGAGGAGAGAGAGAGAGAUACGAUUUUAAUGAGAGAAGUGUGCACUGUGUAUUCUUGUAUUUGCCUUUCGAAGCCUUAAUCAUUAAUCGCAGACAGACAUGUACAGUAUUCUGUCUGUUCUUAGAAUGGGCUUCCAAGUCUUAUGUUCUAGUUCUGUUAUUCCCUUCACUUCCAUCUGGUCCAUUAAUCACCAAUGCGUCUCAGUUAUAGCUAAUUCAUAGUGCCAAGGAGGACAUGUAAAUGUCUUACUGAUGGUGUGUGGGUGUAUGUUCUCUGUCUGUGUACAGUGGGGUGGAGGGCAUGGUGGAGCAAGCCAGGGAAUGGGAGCAGUCUGAGGAGUACACCUGGGCCGUUGAGUGUUACCUCAAGGUCAAGGACUCCACCAACGUCCCCCUCAUGGAGAAGUGCUGGAUGAAGGUACACAAUGGAGCCCCAGGACUGUCAAUGAAUGUCACUAUAGCAUAACCCACACAUGCUGUCCUUACAAACCGACUGCUGUAGUUUCACUUGUGUUUCUGUGUAUGAGACAAGCCUCUAUCUGUGGCCCUGGAUGUACGGUUGUGCCACUUCAUAUUUCCUGUGUGUUUCUGUGCCACUAUCUGUGGCCCUGAGCAUAGUGCCUCAAUGUGUUGUGUGUAUGACCUCCUCCAGGCUUCUGAGUUGGCAAUCAAGUUCCUGACCCAGGAGAGGGCUGUGGAUGUGAUCCACGCUGUGGGCCCUCGCCUCACCCAGUUCAGGAAGUACAGUGCUGUGAGUCACCACUCACUUCCUGCUGUGGAUCCCUCAAUACUAACAGCUUCUUGAUAUUGAUCAUUCCGUGUUAUUUUGUACAUGCGUGGUUUUAGGCUACUGUAUGUCAACUGGUAUGUGGAAAUUCUAUUUAAGUAAAUACAGCAAUUUCAUGCUAUUUAGAAUGUUUAUUCAUAUUGAUUUGACAUGGAGUGUAGAAGACAGGUAUCCAAUCAAAGAUUGCAUUGACGGGACCAUUAUGUGCCUGUUCAUAGCUAGUCUUGAACAAAUACAGUAUGAAUGUUCAUCUUUCACUCCUUCAAAAUGUUUGAGGUCAAAUAUCAAUUUCGUCUUUUAGAAAUAUUCUGUGAAAAAGAUUUAGGGGACAUAACUACAUUCAGCAACAGCUUUUAUCAAUCUAAAGGUGUGGAGGUCGCUCUGCCAACGGAAAGCGAGGGUUUUGAUGCGAGUGUGUUGAUAGAAAAAGACAAGGCAUCCCAUGUUUUAUGCCUAUUCUCUGGUGUCCUUCAAGCAUUCUUUUGAGAUGCCAAAUGUAUUAUUUUCCUCAGGCGGCUGAGCUGUACCUCAACCUGGACCUAAUUAAGGAAGCCAUAGAUGCAUUCAUCGAGGGAGAAGAAUGGAACAAAGCCAAGAGAGUGGCCAAGGAGCUGGAUCCAAGGUGAGCCUGUCUACAACGCUGCCUGGUUGCCCCUGACAACAAGCCUAUCCAGCUAGAAUACCCCCUCUGUCAUUAGGCUACAGCUAGGGGAAAUCACACAGUGUGUCAGUCAGAGGCCUCACAGGCAUCAGUCAGCUGCUGCUGCCUCUAAAAACCAGCGAGACAGAGGGAGAUUUAGUGAAUGGGAUUCGAUUCCUUUAAUCUAUUCUGUAUGUUGCAUUAUAGUCAUUUAGGAUCUCAUCCAGAGUGAAUGACAGUACCUAACUAGUUAAUGUGGUUAUUUAUUUUUAUUUUAUUUUUGUCAAAGUCAAUUUUAUUAGACAAUGUGUUUUUCUCAUUCACAUGGCUGUUGUCAUGUUUGACUUAGCUUUGUCUCAACAUCCCUGCUUGUUUCAGAGCCUUUAUAACGCAUAUAUAAUCAACUGCUGUGCUGUCUGUCUGGAGAACAGAACAGACUCCUUCACACAAUGAGAGCUGCUGAUGCUCCAUAGGCUCCCACUUAUUACUGUUGUCCUUUAGUAUAGUACAUUUGUGUUGUGAUUUAUCUAUCUGGGGAGUAGUACAUGGUGGCAUUGCUUUCAUAUACUCCAGCUCCUGAACACAGUCAUUAUAGUACAUAAUAGAGGACAAUGAAGGAUAUUUAACUUUUCUUCUGCAUUGUGUGUCUAUCCUAACUAUUCAUGUAGGUUUGAAGAUUAUGUGGACCAGCGAUACAAAGAACACUUGAAAAACCAAGGCAAAGCUUAUUAGGUAAGUAGCUACAAUUUAAAGUAACUACGUAUUGCAAAUAAUAAGCCAAUUUCUAAGUAAUACUUACUCAGCAAGUACAGUAUAACUUGCAAUAUUAUAUGUAUAUAAUGUUAUUAAAAAAAUAAGCUUUUGAUUUCAGUUGAGAAUCAGAAAGGGUAGUGUCAGUGUCAUUUUGCGGUGGUGUACUAUAAGAUACCUUGCAUGUCACAGUGUGUACCCACCUCUAAUUCCUCAACUCUCUCCUCCUCACCUCCUCUUUCUCUGCUCCCCGACUGUUGGGAGGAGAUCAUUGAAAUGGUUGCCUAGAUUCCAUCCACUCAGAAAUAAGAGCUGAAUAACAGAAUUGAUCCAGAUUCCCAGUCCUUCCUCUCUUUGUUAUACCACAUCAGAAUGGCUCAGUGGCUCUGACUUCUCUAGUUGAAUGAUGAUGAAAAAGUCCCGCCUGUGAAAUGUGAAUGGCAGAUUUGGAAGAACGUGUCGCUCCAUGUGUAUUGUUUGCAUAAUGCACCAAAGACCUCAUAAUGUGCGUGUUUGUAACCAUCAAGCUAGUUUUAAAAGCAUGUUUCAAAGUUUCUGGAAGCUAGCUAUUACAAGGCUUCCAUUGCCUUGUAAAACUACUGAAAGGCUUCCAUUGCUUUUUGUAGUAGUUUUUCUGUAAGUGUAUACCAUCAAUUAGUAAUUUGUGAUCUUCUCUAAUCCUAGCUGAUAGGAGUGGAUGUCAUGGCAGCUCUGGACAUGUAUACUGAGAGAGGCAAAUGGGAGAAGUGCAUUGAGAUCGCCUCUAAACAGGUAGUGACUCUACCAUCAACACUCCUGCUUUAGUAUCAUUGUCUUUCAUCCUUUUCAUUGUAUUUUCACAGUUUUAUUCCAUUACUGUUUUUCUUUUUAAUAUUUGUAGAGUUACAAGAUUCUUCACAAGUAUGUGGCCCUGUACGCCACCCACCUGAUCAAGGAGGGAGAUGCAGAGAAGGCCCUGAACUUGUAUGCCCCGCAUGGCGCCCCAGCCAACCCCCCAGAACUUCAAAAUCUACAAGAGGAUGUUCCUGGACCUGCUGAGCCUGCUGGGUAGACACAGCGCUGAGUCAGUAACAGGUCAGAACGUACUGUAUAGUGACCACACGUAUUGUCCCUGUGUGUAGUUGCUAUGUAAUGACAGUUUAAGGUAGUGACAGUUUUUUAUAGUCUCGUUGUCUAUCUGUUUGCAGUGUGAGAACCUGACCAAGUCUUCGGAGGCCAACUCUCCUGCCCACGAAGAGUUUGAGCAGAUGCUGAUCUCGCACUACUACGCCACGUGAUCCGCUGCCACGGGGGUUGACCAACUGUACAUUCACCUGCUUUUUCCAUGACAUAGACUGACCAGGUGAAUCCAGAGCUGAUCCCUUAUUGAUGUCACUUGUUAAAUCCACUUCAAUCAGUGUAGAUGAAAGGAGAGGAGCAGUGUUUCCGCUCCACUCAUUUUGCUGUGGCGCUGCACCACGGAAAAAUAAUUGCCGCCACUAUGGAAUAUGGAACAUGAAAAAAACAUUUCUGCUGAGGGGCACUUUAAAGAUGCUAGAACAGUCCACAUUUACUUUUCCUCUGCAAACAAAACGAGUAAUUGAUAGAUAAAGUUACAGGACGAGUGCCAUAGGGAGGAAAACAUGCAUUCUGACAAGCAGUCAAUGCACAACAAUUCUUGCAAUUGCAAAAACAGCAGUUUUAAUGGCCUUUGUUAAAAAGAGGGGGAUCCCAGCUUUCCAUUCCUACUUUAUUUAUUUCUCAACUUCUAAAACUGCACUAUUUUAAACCCAGAGUUUUUAACAGCAGCAUGGUUAAGCAAGUUAACACUCAGCAAUUUGCAGUGAGUGCAUAUGGGAGAGUGGGGCUAAAUGUAACACCGGUCAAUUGUAGGCUAACUUGGGGUACAAUGCCGCUCUACCUCAAAAUAUUUUUUGGGGAGUGACUUAAAAAAAAAUAUGAGACAUAAUAUUCUUUGUUGAGCAAGAGUAGUGGCAACCAGGUAAAGUGAUGGGGGGGAAGAGGAAUGGUGAUAUGAAGUGGUUUCUGUGAGAAGUACAGGCAGGGAGCGUAUUACCCCGCAUGGCGAGUUGCCCCAAGUUACCCUAACGGGUAGGCCUACAUUAAAUUCACUGUGUUUAUGCAAGUUUUUUGGGACAUAGAAUUCAUCAAUAGGAUAAUAACUAGUUAAAAUAUCACAUUUGGGAUCUGGCUAAUGAUUAGCCCAAUAGGGUAAAUGCAGAUAGGCAACCCCAUGCUUCAGCCUAUUUAUUUGCACUUUGCUGCAUCAGUUGGGCUACGGGUGAUAAUUGUUUAUUGCUAAUACCUGAUUAUAUGGACCAUGCAUAGGCUAGAAACAUGGCCCAAUAUGUUAAAAUAAUUUAUCUAAUAAUUUUACCAAUGUGUUAAUGGACUCAUUUCUGGAGGUGUAAAUUAUAUUUUAGAUGGUGUCAGCAUACUUUUAUUUUCAUUCAUUUUGGAGUAGAAUGUCCUUUUAAAAAGUCACCAGAACUGAGCUUCUCAGUCCUUCUACAUAAGAAUUCUAGGAGGGACCCAAGCUGUCUAUCUCCCUGCUGCGCCACACAGAGCUUAUCCCAGCUGACAAGGCCUUCUACGAGGCGGGCAUGGCUGCCAGGGUAAGAGAACUGCUCGUAUGAGCCUCAGCCAAUCGCGCUGGGGGGCUUGAGCCCCCUGGGAACUAUUCUGAUCAAAGUCCCCUGAGUCUGUGCUCCUGGUAGGCCCGCUGGAGGUGUUAUGAAUAAUGUUGUGCCCAAACAGCAGUAUGGAGUAGCAUAUCGCAUCGUCCAUGUUCAGAAUGAAAUAAUUUUGGAAAAUGUCAAACUCUCCCGACUCGCUGAAGAACUAUUUGUCUUUCAAAAAAAAAAAAAAAUGUUACUCCAGUAUUCGGAUUUAGUUGUGAAUGUCAGGUUGAUGAUGGUGAAUGUGAUUCUCUCUACAGGCUGUGGGCUGGGAGAACAUGGCCUUUAUUUUCCACAACCGCUUCCUGGUUCUGUCUGAUGUGAGUCCCCACUCAGCUUUACCUGGGGGUUUCAACUCAACUUGACCUAAAUCUGCAGACUUUUUCACUCAGCAUAAAAACUUCACAUGUAGCAUAUAUGAUCGAUAGCAAUGUAUAUUUCAUCAUAUGAACAGUGAUGAGUAACUAUCCUGAAUGAAAAAUGUUCUGUAUCCAUUGUGUUUGAAUUAGAUUGUUUGAAGAAGAGAUAGUGAGUGAAUGUUGUCUUGAUGCCUGUUGUUGUUUGUGUGUUGUGGUGUUUCCAGGAAGAUAGAUUAAGGAAAUCUGGACACUCAGGACUACUCUGAUUUCCAGGACACGUACAUCCCCUUCGAGGUUCCUGUCCCUGCUAAGCUACACGUCACUGUAAGGCACAAGUCGAUUUUUUGCUGUGCUAUUAUCAUAUCGUUUGCUUUGCUGUGUCGUUAUGAUGUCUUAUAACAUGACAGGUCUGAAAUGUUGCUGUGUUAUGACUGUCCUGUGACAGUGUUACCUUGAUAGCUCAUUACGUUGUGAUUUUGUUUGCUUAGCUACAGUAUGUUACUAUUUAAUGAUGUGUGUAAUGUUGCUGUAGUGUGACUGUCCUGUGAUAGUCUUAUGUUAUGAUGGCACUAAGCUGUGAUGGUGUUAUGGUAUGAGGCUGUUGUUGAUGCUGUUGAUGUUGUUGUCGUGUCCCAGGAUGCCCAGAGUGAGGAGAUCCGUGACUGGGUGUUGACGGUGUCCAUGGACCAGCGGGUGGAGCAGGCAGGCGCUGCCCAAAGACGAGAGGGACACCUACAAAGCCUCUCUACUGGCAGCCAACACCGGCAUCCGCUCCCUGCCUUGCGUCAUCGCAGGUGGGUGGGAGAACCCCCCUACAGAGCACCUUACCCUCUCCCAUCUAUGGAAUUACCCCAGUGUCUAGGACUGUACCAUCUACUCCAGGGGUGUGAAAAGUAUGAGGGGGCUAUUAUUGGAGAGUAUUUUAUAAUUGCCUGUUAUUAUUGUAAUUUGCAUGGAUUCACAAAAUUACAUAUGAACCCCAACAUAUUUUGUUAUUCAACCUAACUAGUUGAUGUCAGGUGAGAGUGUGUUUACUGUGCUGGUAGGCAGAGCAGAGUUGCUGUCCAGGGUGCUGACUCCUGCUUGCUCAGAGGCCUGCACCAGUCAUAACAUAACUGACAAAUCACAGAUGCAUAUAACCUCUGGUAUACAGUACGUAGAGAUGCGGUGCUAUCCAGAGAUACAGGGACUGACUGGUCUCCCACAACACCCAGAGGACUGUGUUGUGUUCAGGGAGGCAGUUAGCAGACCCACGUACGAUGUUAAUUGGUUGACUAAUCAUACGAAUGUAAUGAAAGCUCUCUCUCUCUGUCUCUCUCUCUGUCUCUCUCUCUCUCUCUCUCUAUGCAAACCCAGGCUAUCCGGUCCUGCGGAAUAAGAUUGAGUUCAAAGGACCUGGCAAGGCAGCAAACAAGGACGACUGGAAUAAAUUCGUAAUGGCCACAAAGGUAAGAAGGGGGUUUGUUAUGUUAGCCCUGGAGACUACAUCACUGUGCUUGUUACCUCCUCUGCUGAUUUAGCUGCUAGUCCAUCAGCCUCACCCGCAUGAAACACUGGGUUUGAUUUAUAUUUAAUCCACACUUUAGAUCACAGGCACUCACGCAGGUUUAGAAUGUACAACGUGUAAAGUUGAAUCUUAGAGAAGGGCCCAUUUCAUUUCAGUGUGUUUCAUCAUCAUCAUGUGUGUGAUUUGGAUUACAGAGGUGUGAAUAGUAAAUGGACUGAUGUCCACAAACAGAGAUUUAAAGACUGGCCUUUUACACGUAUGCACGUUUGCACACACACACAGUCGUCCCUGUGGUUCCCUGUAUGUAAUCUGAUAUGUGAUUGGCUGGUCUGUGUGUGUGUCCUCUUCUCAGACCACUCACAGCCCGGAGUGCCAGGAUGUGCUGAAGUUUGUGAGUCAGUGGUGUGGAGGGCUCCCCACCUCUGGCUUCUCCUUCCACUGA